AUGGGCACCUUGCGCGACCUCCAGUACGCGCUCCAGGAGAAGAUCGAGGAGCUGCGCCAGCGGGACGCACUUAUCGACGAACUGGAACUGGAACUCGACCAGAAAGACGAGCUGAUACAGAGACUACAAAACGAGCUGGACAAAUACCGCUCUGUUAUUAAACCAGCAACCCAGCAGGUCCAAAAACAGAACGAGCUGCAUGAGCAGCAGCGGACGAAGAGACAGGCAAUCUCGGCUGAACCCACUGCCUUCGACAUCCAGGAUCUUAGCCAUGUCACCCUACCUUUCUACCCAAAAAGCCCACAGUCCAAGGAUCUGAUCAAGGAGGCCAUCUUGGACAAUGACUUCAUGAAGAACCUGGAGCUGUCGCAGAUCCAGGAGAUCGUAGACUGCAUGUACCCUGUGGAGUAUGGAAAGGACAGCUGUAUCAUUAAGGAGGGCGAUGUAGGCUCACUGGUCUACGUCAUGGAAGACGGCAAGGUGGAGGUGACAAAGGAGAGCCUGAAGCUCUGCACCAUGGGGCCAGGAAAGGUGUUCGGAGAGCUGGCUAUUCUCUACAACUGCACCAGGACUGCCACUGUCAAGACUCUAACAAAUGUGAAGCUGUGGGCCAUCGACCGACAAUGUUUUCAGACGAUCAUGAUGAGGACGGGUCUCAUCAAGCACACAGAGUACAUGGAGUUUCUGAAAAGCGUUCCCACAUUCCACGACCUGCAGGAAGAUAUUCUGAGCAAGCUUGCCGAUGUCCUUGAGGAGACACAUUAUGAAGAUGGAGAAUACAUCAUCAGACAAGGAGCCAGAGGAGACACCUUCUUCAUCAUCAGCAAGGGAAAGGUUAAUGUGACCAGGGAGGAGCCCAAUGGAGAGCCUGUCUACCUGCGCAGCCUCGGGAAAGGAGACUGGUUUGGAGAGAAAGCCUUGCAGGGGGAGGACAUCAGGACAGCCAAUGUCAUUUCAGCAGAGGCAGUCACCUGCCUGGUCAUUGACAGAGAUUCGUUUAAGCACCUGAUUGGAGGUUUGGAGGACGUAUCUAACAAAGGUCAAGAGGAUGCAGAUGCCAAAGCCAGGUAUGAAGCAGAGAAUGCAUUUUUCUUCAACCUCAACCUAGCUGACUUCAACAUCAUCGACACUCUGGGGGUCGGUGGCUUUGGACGUGUUGAGCUGGUACGGGGCGCGGUUCAGCUCAAGAGCGAUGAGAACAAAACCUUUGCCAUGAAAAUCCUGAAGAAGCGGCACAUUGUCGACACAAGACAGCAGGAGCACAUUCGUUCAGAGAAACUCAUCAUGCAGGAAGCCCACUCUGACUUCAUUGUUAGACUCUACAGAACAUUCAAAGACAGCAAGUAUCUUUACAUGCUGAUGGAAGCAUGUUUAGGAGGAGAGCUGUGGACCAUUCUUCGAGACCGGGGUUCAUUUGAGGACUCUACCACAAGGUUUUACACGGCUUGUGUGGUGGAGGCCUUCGCCUACCUGCAUUCCAAAGGCAUCAUCUACAGAGACCUCAAACCAGAGAACCUUAUACUGGACCACAGGGGUUAUGCCAAACUGGUGGACUUUGGCUUUGCCAAGAAGAUUGGUUUUGGGAAGAAGACUUGGACCUUCUGUGGGACACCCGAGUAUGUAGCACCAGAGAUCAUUCUAAACAAGGGCCACGACAUCUCAGCUGACUACUGGUCCCUAGGAAUCCUCAUGUUUGAGCUCUUAACUGGCAGCCCUCCAUUCUCUGGCCCUGACCCCAUGAAAACGUACAACAUCAUCCUGAGAGGCAUCGACAUGAUAGAAUUUCCAAAGAAGAUUACCAAAAAUGCUGCCAACCUAAUCAAAAAGCUAUGCAGGGAUAAUCCCUCAGAACGACUGGGAAACUUGAAAAAUGGUGUCAAAGACAUCCAAAAGCACAAAUGGUUUGAGGGCUUUAACUGGGAAGGCUUGAAGAAGGGGACACUGACACCUCCUAUUAUCCCUAAUGUCACUUCAGCAGUUGACACAAGUAACUUCGACAGCUUCCCUGAGGACAACGAGGACCCGCCUCCUGAUGACAACUCUGGCUGGGAUGUUGAUUUCUGA